AUGGCACCAGCACCAAGAGAUGCAGGAGUAUGGAGACAAACCCGAGCUCUCUUAUUCAAGAACUGUCUUAUUAAGUGUAGGACUAAAAAAAGCAGCGUUCAGGAGGUCCUUUUCCCACUCUUUUUCUUGUUUUGGCUCAUUCUGAUGAGCAUGAUGCAUCCGCACAGGAAUUACGAUGAGGUGGCCAACACCAACCUUGGCACCCUGGAUACCUCCAUGGUGGUGAAUUUUGUCAUUGGAUACACCCCACCAACCCGCAUGGCACGAGAAAUCAUGAAGAAGGUGGCUUUUGAUUACUUUGAAGAAGAUAUCAUCACUGAGGAGUAUUUAAGUGAAGAGGAGCUGCAAGAGGCUAGUGCUUUUAAACCCUCCAACUUCGUGGGGGUUGUGUUCACUGAUGCCAUGUCCUACCAGCUGAGGUUUCCUGACUCUGUUGCCAUGUCUUCCAUUUAUAUGGAAUCCAGAGCCAGUUGCUCCAGCCUGCGGAAAGGGUGUGAGUCAGUGACCUACUGGAGCUCAGGGUUUCUGGCUCUGCAGGCCUGCAUUGAUGCUGCCAUCAUACAGCUGAAGACCAACCAUUCCGUUUGGGAACAACUGGAACUGACCAGAGCGGUGGUUAUGGGAGAGGCUGCAGUGGUGGAAAUAGAUAAUUUUCCUCGUGCAAUCAUUUUGAUUUACCUAGUGAUUGCUUUCUCACCCUUUGGGUAUUAUUUGGCAAUCCAUAUUGUGGCAGAAAAGGAGAGGAAGUUGAAGGAAUUCCUAAAAAUAUUGGGACUUCAUGACACCGCCUUUUGGCUUUCCUGGGUGCUGCUCUACAUGAGUCUGAUUUUUGUCAUGUCCAUUCUCAUGGCAGUGAUUGCAACGGCCUCUUCCCUCUUUCCCCAGAGCAGUGCCUUUGUGAUAUUUCUCCUUUUUUUCCUGUAUGGAAUCUCUUCAGUUUUCUUUGCACUUAUGCUGACACCUCUGUUUAAAAAGUCAAAGCACGUGGGCAUAGUGGAGUUCUUGGCGACGCUGGCCUUUGGUUUUGUGGGCCUCAACAUUGUCCUGCUGGAAGAUUUCCCCAAGUCCUUUGUGUGGCUCCUCAGCCCCUUGUGUCAGUGCAGCUUCUUGAUCGGGGUCGCACAGGUCAUGCAUCUAGAAGAUUAUGAAGAUGGUGCAACACUUUCAAAUAUAAAUCGGGGUCCUUACCCACUCUUCAUCUCUCUUAUUUUGUUGGUGCUGGAUAGCAUCUUCUACCUGCUUGUAGCUGUCUACCUUGACCAGGUUAUCCCAGGGGAGUUUGGUCUCCGCCGCACCCCCUUUUUCUUCAUGAAGCCGUCGUUCUGGGCAAAGCACAGGAAGAAUUACAAGGAGUUGUACGAGAGCAGCAUCAACGGCAGCUUGAGCUUCAGCGAGAUAGUCGAGCCUGUGCCUUCUGAAUUUCAGGGGAAAGAAGCCAUCAGAAUCAGCUGUGUUCAGAAAACAUUCAGGAAAAAGGGGGAAACUGUGGAGGCUCUUCGAAAUUUAUCCUUUGACAUCUACGAAGGUCAGAUCACGGCUCUGCUUGGGCACAGUGGGACUGGGAAGACCACUCUGAUGAACAUCCUUUGUGGGCUGUGCCCACCCACGGAUGGGUUUGUCUCUGUCUAUGGGCACAAAGUCUCUGAAAUUGAUGAGAUGCUGGAAGUGCGCCAGAUAGCAGGGGUGUGUCCCCAGUCUGACAUCCACUUUGAUAUAUUGACCGUGGAGGAGAAUCUCUCCAUAUUUGCUGCCAUUAAAGGAAUCCCUCAGAAUGAUUUGAUACAAGAGGUGCAGAAAGUGUUGCUGGAUUUGGAUAUGCAGCCUAUCAGAGACAACCAAGCUAAAAAGUUAAGUGGGGGGCAGAAGAGGCGACUGUCGGUAGGAGUUGCUGUUCUGGGGAACCCGAAGGUUUUGCUGCUGGACGAGCCGACCGCGGGUAUGGAUCCGUGUUCCCGGCACAUCGUCUGGAACCUCCUCAAAAGCAGGAAGGCAAAUCGUGUGACUGUUUUCAGUACCCACUUCAUGGAUGAGGCUGAUAUUCUUGCUGAUCGCAAAGCUGUGAUUUCUCAAGGGAUGCUGAAAUGCCUUGGAUCUUCUCUCUUUCUGAAGAGCAAAUGGGGGAUUGGCUACCGCCUGAGCAUGCACAUCGAUGCCUAUUGCAACACGGAGGCUACGACCUCGCUGAUCCGGCAGCACAUCCCAGCAGCCAGCCUGAUCCAGGAGAAUGAUGAGCAGCUCGUCUACACCCUGCCCCUCAGGGACAUGGACAAGUUUGCAGGCUUGUUUUCUGACCUGGACACUCAUUCCCAUUUGGGCGUGAUCACCUACGGCGUCUCCAUGACGACACUGGAGGAUGUUUAUCUGAAGCUGGAAGUUGAGGCAGAGAUUGAUCAAGCAGAUUAUAGUGUGUUCAAUUCCCAGCAAGUGCAGGAGGAGGUGGAUACCAAAUCCCUCGAUGACAUGGAGCAGAGCCUUCUGAUGCUCUCAGAGACAAAGGCACCAGCAAUGACCAACAAAGCCCUCUGGAAGAAGCAGGUUUCCACCAUAGCAAAAGUUCACUUCCUUAGUCUCAAGAGGGAAAAUAAAUGCUUGAGAGUUAUGUUGUUGCUUUUUCUGAUAUAUCUUGUAGUUCAGAUUUUAUUGUUUUUCAUCCACCACAUCAUCAAAAAUUCUGUAGCUGCUAUCAAACUUUCCCCAGAUUUGUACUUGCUGAAGCCUGGGGAGGACUGUCACAAGUACAGGAGUCGUCUCCUGCUGCAGAACUCCACAGACUCGGGAAUCGAUGACAUUGUCCGCUCUCUUGGGAGCAUGAACAUCCUCUUGGAGAUGUUCAAUGACAGUGAUUAUGUCUCAGCUGCACCUCACAGUGCAGCUCUGAACGUGUUUGACCUUGAAUCCAGACAGAGCUAUGUUUUCACAGUCAUAUUCAACAGUACCAUGGUGCAUUCCCUGCCAGUUCUGAUGAAUAUUGUCAGCAACCUACUUCUGCAUAAUUUAAACGUGACAGAGACCAUCCAGAUCUGGAGCAACCCCUUCAUUCAGAAUCUUCCAGACACAAUUUUCAGACUAGAGAUCUAUUUUGAAGCUGUGCUGCUGGGAAUUAUUAUUACUGGAAUGCCACCCUAUUUUGCCAUGGACAAUGCAGAAAACCAUAAGAUCAAAUCCUACACACAGCUGAAGAUUGCAGGGCUUUAUCCCUCUGCUUACUGGAUGGGACAAGCCAUCAUUGACCUCCCACUGUUCUACUCCAUCCUGGUCCUGAUGAUCGGCAGCCUCUUCGCCUUCCACUACGGCGUUUACUUCUACGUGGGCAAGUUUGUUGCUGUGAUCUUUUGCCUGAUUGGUUAUGUCCCCUCUGUCGUGCUCUUCACCUACGUGGUCUCCUUCACGUUCAAAAAAGUCCAGAAUACAAAAGAAUUUUGGUCAUUUAUAUUUUCAGUGACAGCCCUGCUCUGUACGGUUGUCACUGAAGUGACCUUUUUUCUGGACUACUACUUGGUAACCACCAUCCUGCAUUAUGUUUUCUCCAUCUUCAUUCCUAUUUAUCCCCUUAUUGGCUGUUUGAUUUGUUUCAUAAAGGUCUCGUGGAAAGGCAAGAGGAGCGGGGGAUACUACGACCCGUGGGACAGGCUCCUGGUAGCAGUCAUAGCUCCCUAUUUGCAGUGUGUCAUGUGGCUCUUCCUACUGAGAUGUUUCGAGCUGAAGAAUGGGGGAAGAACAGUUAGAGAGGAUCCAUUCUUCAGAAAAUGUUUUACAAAAGCCAAACCCUGGAAGUUCCCAGAUGUCCCACGUGAUGAGAACGAGGAUGAAGAUGUGAAGGCAGAGAGGCUGCGAGUCCGGGAAAUCCUCAGCAGCCCCAAAAGCGAGGAGAUGCCAGCCAUCCUGGUCAGCAGCUUGCACAAAGAGUUUGAUGAAAGAAAGGAAUUUCUUCUGGGGAGAAAAAUAAAGAAAGUGGCAACGAAACAUGUUUCUCUGUGUGUAAAAAAAGGGGAAAUACUGGGUUUGUUGGGACCCAAUGGAGCUGGGAAGAGCACAUUAAUUAACAUGCUUGUUGGAGAGAUUGAGCCAACGAGCGGGCAGGUUCUGAUGGGAGAUUCUUCUUUUGGCUCAAACAGCGACGAUGACUCGGUGAAAUUCGUGGGAUAUUGUCCUCAAACAAAUCCUCUUUGGCCAGAUAUUACAUUGCAGGAACACUUUGAAAUUUAUGGUGCUAUCAAAGGAAUGAGUCAGUCUGAUGUUAAGGAAGUCAUAAAACGCAUCGCGAGUGCCCUGGAUUUAAAAGACCACCUGCAGAAGACAACAAAGAAGCUGAGUGUAGGGCUGAAACGCAAGCUCUGCUUUGCCCUGAGCAUGCUGGGCAACCCGCGGGUCACGCUCUUGGAUGAACCAUCAACUGGGAUGGAUCCAAAAGCCAAGCAGCACAUGUGGCGGGCGAUUCGAGCAGCAUUUAAGAACAAGGAGAGAGCAGCUAUCCUGACCACUCACUACAUGGAGGAGGCAGAUGCUGUCUGUGACCGUGUGGCCAUCCUGGUGUCAGGGCAGCUCAGGUGUAUAGGUACUGUCCAACACCUGAAGAGUAAGUUUGGCAGAGGAUACUUCUUGGAAAUGAAAUUAAAAGAAACAGCAGACGUGCAGCAGGUGGAGUAUCUGCAGAGCCAGAUCCUGCACAUCUUCCCAAAUGCAAAUCGUCAGGAAAGUUUUGCUUCUAUUUUGGCCUAUAAAAUUCCUAAAGAAGAUGUUCAGUCUCUUUCACAUUCUUUUUCCAAGCUGGAAGAAGUAAAACAUGCCUUUAACAUCGAGGAGUACAGCUUUUCUCAGGCAACACUGGAACAGGUUUUUGUGGAGCUGGCUAAGGAGCAGGAGGAGGAGGACAACAGCUUGGGCACCCUGAACAGCACGCUCUGGUGGGAGAGGACACAGGAAGACAGAGUUGUUUUCUGA